GGAAGUCAAUGUGUUUAAUCCACAUGCAACAAACGUCAGGUCAUAGUGCAAGUGGCUCCGUGAUUCAAAGAGGUUAAGAGAGCUGCCUAAUAGAAAUGGCAGCAAUAAAGGGCCUGGGUAGAAAUAUCCCCUAUCUGAGGCAACAAUUUGCUGCCCUUUUAGGAAACACCAGUACUAGUGUUAAAUUCAUAUGCAUAGUCGUUCUGUUUUCCUAUUGCCUUUCUUUCUCCACGGAAACGGUACGUGUAUUGAGCGUAACACCAGGUUACCUACUGCCUCCAGUUUUUUGGAUUUGGACUGCAUUCACCUUCUGUUUCCUUGAGAUACAUUUCUGGGAAGUAUGCGUGGAUAUUGUGACAGUAGGUCUUUGUGGCAAAUUGAUCGAACCACUAUGGGGCGCGAUGGAAAUGAUGACUUUCUUUGCUAUCGUUAAUUUUGGCGUCGCUGUAUUAUCUGCUUUAUUUUAUUUAUUCCUUUAUAUGUGCACCAACGAUCCAGAUCUGCUAUUUGAUAUACACAUUCAUGGACUAACUGGAUAUAUCGCAGGUGUUGCAGUAGCUGUAAAACAAAUAAUGCCAGAUCAUAUUUUAGUUAAAACACCAAUUGGAAAGAUUACGAAUAGGAAUAUACCAUUAAUGGUAUGGGUUAUGGGAGUGAUAUUAUGGCUUUUUGGAUUAUUAGAAGGCACUCAUCCAACUAUGUUUCUUAGUGGUUUAUUAAUAUCAUGGAUAUAUCUUAGAUUCUAUCAAAAACAUAACAAUGGCACACGUGGUGAUAUGGCAGAUAAUUUCACAUUUGCAAGUUUCUUUCCAAAUGUCUUACAACCACCAAUAGCAGUUGUGAGUAACACGGUACAUGGCUUUUUUGUACGAGUUGGAAUUUGUAGAAAAGUAGUUAGAAGAUUUGACAUGUCCAAUGCCCCACCUGGUCUCAUUAUAAAUCUUCCUGGUAUCGAUCCACAUGAUAGUGAAAGAAGAAGGCAAAUAGCAUUAAAAGCCUUGAGUGAAAGAUUGAGCAAGGAUCAUGCAAAACCAUGGCAACAAGAAAGAGCUAAAAAACAUUCUCCAGUACCUCCUGCAGUUUCAAUCCCAAUUCCUGAUACUGCUACACCCAAGCCACUUGCAUCUCCUCUCAUUCCUCAAGUUAGUGUUAACAUACAUAAUCAUACUUCUACUAAUACGUGAUCACAUCAAAUAGACUGAUUUCAAAUACAUGCAUAAGUAUUUUAAGAAACUUCUAAAGAAAAUAUUAAUAAUAUGCAACAAUAUUGAUAAUAUGGCAAUGUUUCGUGAGAUAGUAAUUUUUAGUAAUAUACAUAUGUAAGCA